AUGAGCGCCCUUGAUACCGUUGAAGCAGUUGUAACAGCGUUAACAACCGCCCCAGCCGAGAUCCCAGAAAACGGAUAUAUCCUUGAAGGUAUGCCGGAUGAAGUCCUGCAAGUCGCUUAUACCGUGCAAGACGCAAUUGAAAUUUCGCAGUAUUUUCAACUUGACAUGGAAGCUAUUCAAGCUGGACGAAACAAAGCUCUUGAGUUUCACAACAAGAAGCGCGAGCUACACGAAGGGACAAAUCCUAUGAUUCUCAACAAACAUGCUAACAGAAGAGCACAAGAUUGGGCCGAUAAAAUUGCAGCCGGUGAAGAAUACGGCUAUGAUCCAGAAAACAGAGUCUGUGGAGAGAACAUCGUCUUAAUCAACCUGCAAAGUGACUUAGAUUACAUGACCUUGGCCGAUUUCCAACAUACUGGAGAAGAUUGCGUCAAUCGCUGGUACCAGCAAAUCGAAGAUUACGACUUCGAGAAUCAUACAAAUUUGAACAACAAGAAAGUUGGUAGUUUCACUCAGUUAAUCUGGAAAACAUCCCAAAUCCUCGGUGUUGGAAUCGCGCUAGAGAAAGAUGGCAAUUAUAUCGUUGUUGUUUGCCGAUACUUCCAAGAAGGCAAUAUCGUAGGUCAACGAGCUCAACAAGUCGGACAAUUAAUCGAGAGCUGUUCCUAA